AUUCUUUUGUGGAUUUGCCUCGUAAAUCUCGCCGGGAUUUAUCUUUUUACAAGAGGGUUUCUCUUGACUCGUUUAUCGUUAUCGGAAACUUCCAAUUGUUCAAAUGAGCCUUGCACCUUGCCUGCUUCACACCGACGGGCCGUUUUUCUCAUUAUCGACGCCCUCCGGUUCGACUUUGUGGCUCCGAACGCUCCCUCUCCCCCUUCUCCAUUUCACCACAACGUAUUGACGCUGCCGCAAGAGCUCACAGCGCUCCACCCGGAAAGGUCUUUUAUUUUUAACGCCUAUGCGGAUCCGCCAACCACGACAUUACAACGAAUCAAGGGCCUUACUACAGGCUCUCUCCCAACUUUCGUGGAUAUUGGGAAUAAUUUUGGGGGUUCCUCUAUAAUGGAGGAUUCGAUACUGAGGCAACUCCAAACAUCAGGAAAAAAAGUGGCAUUCAUGGGGGAUGACACGUGGAUGUCGGUCUUUCCUGACACCUUCGAACAGAAUAUGACGUUCCCAUUUGAUUCCUUCAAUGUUGAAGAUCUGCACAGUGUCGACGAAGGUGUCAUUAAACACCUCUUCCCGCUUCUAGAGGACAAAUCGAAGCCUUUUGACUUUUUAAUUGGUCACUUCCUUGGCGUUGAUCAUGUCGGUCAUCGUGUCGGUCCUGACCAUCCAAGUAUGAAAGCAAAGCUGCGACAGAUGAACCAUGUUCUGGAGAGUGUCGUUUCCCUCUUGGAGGAUGACACACUCCUAGUUGUUCUUGGUGAUCACGGAAUGGAUCGUUCUGGCGACCAUGGAGGUGAUGGUACAUUGGAAACAUCUUCGGCACUUUGGGUAUUCAGUAAGGGACCUGCUCUCACUGUAACGUCAUCGCCACUUCCAUCUGGUCUUCUACAGUACAAGACGUUUCCAGCAAUGUCAGCUCCCCAUCGAUCUGUUCAACAGAUUGAUAUCCUUCCGACACUCUCUCUUAUCCUUGGGCUUCCCAUCCCUUAUAAUAAUUUGGGGACCGUUAUUCCGGAAAUUUUCUGGCGCGAUGAGGGAAAAAUGCUCGAGCAGGCCCUUGAGCUCAACUCAAGGCAAAUCAAAAGAUAUCUCGACACCUACCGCUCCAAUGACGCUUGGCUCAGUCUGGAAUCGUCCUGGAGUUCUACACAAGCGAAAACUCUACGUGAUGCGGCGAAACUUAUCACAUUGACGAACUAUAACAGGGUAGCUCUUGGAGCAUGUCGGGCGAUAUGGGCUCAAUUCAACCCCGUUCUCAUGAGCUUGGGUUUAGUGCUCAUCGGUAUGGGCAUAUGUGCAGCAUGGUCUGUUUACUCAGGUCUAUCUGCCUCGAAACAUGGAUGGGAUGAUUGGUUAGCUGCCCAGUUACCACUCUUACUUCGUGGUGCGGCUGGAGGUGCUGCAGUUGGGAUUGCCGUCUCUCUUGCCUUUUCCUCGUACUUCCCGGGCUUUGGCGCUUUCGAUUUCGCCCUGUUCACAACGUCCCUAAUAUCCUGCAUGGUCUUGAUUGUAUCAUCCCCGCCGACGAUAACAUGGGAAACUCUAAAGGCGACCCCAGUAAUCCUCAUCUUACACACUGUAGCGUACUUCUCCAACUCGUUCACGUUCUGGGAGGACAGGAUCGUCCAUGUCCUCAUCGUCUCAUCCACUGUGCCUAAAGCCAUUACCGGCUUUACGGCCCCAACCUCUCGCCUCCGGCACCGCAUUCUCGGCUUCUCUCUUCUGUUAGCUGUCUGUGUCCGCCUCAUAGCAAUCAGCACCAUCUGCAGAGAGGAGCAACAACCCUAUUGUCACGUUACGUUUUUCGCCUCUUCGUCCAUCCCAUCGCCUCCUUUAACCGCGUUGUAUCUAAUCAUCCCGGCAAGCUUGGCUCUACCAUGGAUGAUUUGGCGUUUCCUACGCAUCACACGCUCUGAAAUGGGCCUGGCGAAGAUGUAUCUGCCCCUCAUAUUGAUGCCAUCUCUCCUGGCUGGCUCGGCAUACUGGAUCCUGGAAUGGGCAGAUUCUGCUGACAUUCUGGGAAGCAAUUGGACAACCCUGUUACGAGUCGGAAGAACAUGGAUAGCAAGGUUCACUUUUGGCUGGAUCUUAAUCGUCGGUGGCGGCUUUUGGUGGCUUGUUCCCGUGUGCCUGAAUGUUGAAGUUCAGGAGCCCACUCAAGGAGAGAAACGUCAGAUUAAAAUCAUGGGAUUUGCCAAUGCAUUCGGGGCGCCUUAUCUCUUGUUUUGGACAGUCUCUCUCGUUAUCGUUUAUAUCACCACCCAAAUUACAGGCCAACUCGUUUUGGUUCUUGCAGUGGUGGCGGUGCUAGCAUAUCUAGAGGUGCUAGAUAGUGUUCGCGAUGUUCAGAUCAUCGCGGCCGCCUUCGAAGCUUCAGUUCCCUCCACGAUUCUGGAUCCUACGGCUUCCGUUGGCCAAUCGCCCCCAAUCAAGUUCACAGAUAUUAUCCCACUUGCCCUUCUUGGCCUCCAUGUGUUCUAUGGAACAGGUCAUCAAGCAAUUAUCUCCUCAAUCCAAUGGAAGUCCGCUUUCCUUCUGACAUCAACUGUCACAUAUCCGUUCUCUCCCCUAACUGUCGUAGCCAACUCCUUUGGCCCCCUAUUUCUUAUGGCCUUGGCCGCUCCGCUGCUGGCUCUCUGGAAUCGCGCUCCACUAGCAGAGGGUGGGUCUGAAGAAAAACCGGAUGUUCAAGUGAAGGGUGAAAGCACACUCGCAGCUUUGGGCAUGAUGAUCUACUAUACGACACUAAUGCUUGGGACUGCUGUCAGCGCCGCGAUAUUGAGACGGCACUUGAUGGUGUGGAAAGUAUUCGCUCCACGAUUUAUGGCUGGCGUCCUAUCGGUUUUGGCUGUUGAUCUAGCCGUUCUCGUUGGGAUCGGCAUCGGGGUGGAAAGGGUCACAAGCAAAGUUGCACGGAUGUUU